UAAAACAUUUUUUUUAAUUAUACAAAUCAAGAAAAAACCAUUUUUUCGGUUUUUCAUUGAAACAUUUCCUUUUCAAUAAUAUUUUUACAGUGAGUCGUUUAAGUAACUAGAGUAAUACUCUAAUAGCUAGAGUAUUUUGUUAAGUAUAUUGGAAUAUAUUGGUGGCAUAGUCGUAUAUAUUUGUUUAUAUUCUUCUUGUAAACAACUUCGCAAUCUCCCCCUAGAUAUUUUAUAUCAUCAAUACCAUUCACAAUCAUUUUGAAGACAGAUUCUAGCUUUGGAAUUGCUUAUGUAUUCCUCGUUUCAAACAAAAGAAAUAAAACCAAUUCAAAUAUGUUCAUUUGCUUUUAUGUUUAUUGCUUUUACAUGUUCAGCACAAACGAGUGAUUUAUUUCAAUGUAAAUCAUACAAAUUACACGAAUCCACGUAAUUUAGUAGGGACAAUUUUCUGAAUCAACUUCGAUAAUGCCAAGCCGAUGAGACGAACUAUUCUUUCAAAGAGCUCUAUAUAUUUGCUUAUGAUGUUUUGCUGGAAAGAAAAAUUGUCAAAAAUGUAAUAGUGUUCAAAAACAAACAGGACACAUGAUCUCUUAAUAAAUGAAUGCUAAAAAUAGAACAAAAAUUAUGAAAAUUAAGUGAUUUUAUUAUUAACAUAAAAUAUUUUUGAUAAUUUUGAUUGAUUGGCAUUUUUUUCCGAUGCUAGCUAACUAGUGCUUGUCAGCAUUCAUAAAGAUACACCCACAAAAGACAAUCAAAACAACCAAAACGAUUGCCAAACCAAAAUAAUACAGGCUAUAAUUUUCAUAAAAAUCAACCAUGAACUGAUAUUUGAGAAGCAAACAAAAAAAUGACAUUGCAAAGACGACAACACAUAUCAAUGUAAACGAUGCCAGUGUGGUCAUUACCAGUGUUUUGCUACAUGUUUCUGUGAUUGUAAAAUUCCGGUUGUUUGGGGAAUCUGGAAAUUCAGCAUCUGGGCGAGAAUGAUGAAAAAUGUGACUAUUGAAAUGUUGCUCAAUCUGUAGUUUGAAAUCAGUCGAUGCCUCAUCAAUUAUAUGUUCUGGGCGGCCUGACUUGAAGAAUCCCUCGAACUCAUUCCAAUCGUUGUUGACCAUGUUAAUAAACCCGUCCGUGUAGUCCCUGUCACUAUAGUAUGAAAACGGAAUGGAUAACAAGCAAAUAAAUGAAAAUGAGAAUUUGGCAAUGGAAUCGAUUGAAGAAAAAACAGACACAUGAAAAUAAUUAAAAAAACAGACAUUUGUUUAUCUGUUUAUCUCUUACUGCAACGAUCUUAGAAUUAUUCCGUCGACUGGCGUCUUAUCAACUGCCCAGCAAAUCGUCAUCAAUCGGUACAUUUUUUCGAUUAGUUCGUUGAUUUGAUUAUUUUGAUAUGACCGCUUGAUGUACAACGACUUAUUUUCAUGAAUGGUCACCAAAAUUGAGGUAAACGUAUCAAUGGCAUUUCUGUAGCGACUCAUCAUCAUAUAAGAGAAACCAGCAUAAUACGACGUCAAGACUUCAAAAGCUGGUAUCGGUGUGUUUUGAUCCUUCUUGUGAAUAUUAAUCGAUUUCAACAAAUUAAUUGCCUUUUUAUAAUCACCACACAACGAAUGUAAGCGCAACAUUUCAACCAAACUAAAAUAGUGCAGCGUACUCGCAACUGACUUGGAAUCGAUGUUGGAUGAAUGCGUUAGAAAUUUGCUGUAUAUAUCAGAAAAUGUAUUUCUCGCAUCAUCACGCCCGUUAACCUCAAUAUAUCGAGACACGAAAGUGUCGAUUAUUUGCCAUAGCCAAUCGUCUGGCAGUUUCAAUUGAACGGGUUUCGAUGCCUUCGCAAUCAAAUCAAAAAAUUUGCGACAGUUUUCAAAUGCAGACUUGUGGUCCUGGUUUGGUAGUGACGAGAUGUGCGUAUAUGCAUGACGCUGACGUAAUUCUUUGCAGAGUAUAAUUGACAAUUUGUCUUUACCAAAUUUUUUGUCAUCCGGCCAAUGACUUUUUACAAAAUAUGCAUUGUUCAGCAACAAAACCGUGCGCUCGUAAUAACCCAGAAUUUCGCUGUCAUUUUUAUUAUUUAAUGCAUUGAAUAGUUUUUCAAUGGUGGGUUUGAGUUGGUUAUCCUAGAAAUUUAAAUUUAAAUUCCCGAUUAAAUGAAUGCUUAUACGACACAUCAAAUUCAGACCUAUAGAAUAUUCGAUGAAUUUCUAAGAAUGUCAGCAAUCUAAUUAUUUAAAAUUACUCACCAUAUUAGAAAGUUCCAUUUGAUUGUUCGAUUUUCGCUUAAUUCUCGCUGCAAAUUUAUUUAAUUUACUAUACACAGUCUGUAAAUAGUGCAAAAAAAAAAUUGUGUCGAUGACAAUAGACUUUUUUUGCAUAGCAAUUGAAGUUUGGCCCGACGCCAUAUUGAAUCUUUCGUAUGCUGUUGAAAAUUAUUGAUGGCGCCACUUAUUAUAGUGCGAUACGAAAAAAAAAACACUUCAAAGGAAUGUAAAAUUUAUGGAACAAAGAAAACGGAAAAUUUCGCUGGUGAAAAUAAAAAAAAGAUAAACAUUCUUCUGAUUGUUUGACCAAAAGAAAUAAACUGAAAUAAUAAUAAUUUUUUUGUUUCCCUCAAUGUGUUCGUAAACAUUUUAUACACGCAGAAUUUUUUUUUUUGCGUAUGUGUGUGUGUGUGCACUAAUACUAAGAAACGUGGAUUAAACCGCCAAUUUCAUACUACUUGUAUAUAUAAAUAGAUAUAUUUUGUAAUUUUAUAUAUACGUCUAUUAAAACUGUGCUAAAAAUGAUUGAUUUUUUUUUCUUUGUUGUAUUUUCCCCAAAUCGAUAUACCAUCCGACGCACACACUUAAGCGCAUAUAUAUUUGAACGCAUACACCGGCAGUUUGUAUCAUUAUUACACACAUGCGUUUGACGUUUUCGUGUUGACACUAGUCUCAUGUUUGCAUCGAUAACUAUGUUUGAUUUGCUUCAGCUGUCAUUUGUACAGCACGCAAUACCAGCCGAUUUCGAUAUUUUUCGAUUAAUCUGAAAUAAAUUAUCUUAUCUUUUAACCACUUAAAAAAAUCAAGACAGCGUAAAACCAAUCGUGUAUGCAACGAAAUGUAGUUUCAUCGAAAUAAAAUUGUGAUAAAUUGUUACCUUUAUCCUAUUUUUUUAAAUAAAAAAAAAUCGAUUGAAUCUGUAGUAGUGCAAAAUUUCAUAUUUCUGUAAAAUUUAUUUGCUGCUCUCGACCUCAUUUACAAAUUCAAAAAAUCAUCUAAUUCUAAUUAUAGUAAAUUAUAAAAAUAGUACACUACGAGUUAUUGUAGUAGUCUCUAUUUGAAUUGAUAACUGCAGUGCUUUAUUCAGUCAGAAUGUGUCAUUCUAAAGUCAUUUGUAAAGUUUUGAUUAGAUAAAUGUUGCCCGGAAAAUAUUUGGCCACAAUGCGAUCGAUCAUUGGAUUGAUGAAUUAAUUGAUUGUGAUUCGAUGUAUAAUGGAUUUAAUUGAUGAAAGUGAUGAUGAUGCCGGUAGCGAUACAUCGACGCAAGAAAGUUGUACGCUAGUACGAAAUGACAGUGUGAAUAAAACGGAUGCAAUUAAUCGUCGCAUUUCAAAUUAUAUCGGCGAUUCAAGGCAUUCCGCCGAAUAUAAUAAUUUCGAAAUGUUGCCAUCGCAUAAAUUAUCACGCCGAAAUAAAUAUCUUAAGCUAUUUCUGUGUAUAUUUGGAUUUUCUUCUACGCUGAUAAUUUUGUCACAAAUUUAUUUAUCGCUUUAUUUGGAUGGAUCUGCGUUUGGAUUAAAUUUGUCAGUUUCUGGAUGGGAUCGAAACCAGAGCCGAAGUAUACCAUUUUAUAUUCUGCCCGAUGAGAAUACCACCAUUUUAGAACCAUCGUCAUUAUGUAAAGGAAAUUCACCAAUUUUGCUGCUCAUCGUAAUUUGUUCAUCGGCUGACAAUUUUGAAAUAAGACAAACAUUGCGAGAAACGUGGGCCAACACCAGCGAAUUCAAUUAUUCAAAAUUUUCAUCGCUUCAUUCACACCUCAGAGGAAAAUAUUUACCGAUUAACUAUCCUAAUUGGAGGAAUUAUACAGUAUCUAACUAUAAGGAGUCUUCCGAUAGUGCAAAAGAAAAAAAUAGUGAUAACAUUUAUGAUGAAACUAGUCAUGUAGACUUCCAAAUACGAACCGUCUUUCUUAUCGGCCAAACUGAAAACAAUGAAACCCAGGAUCAAAUUCUUGAAGAGAGUCGCAUACACAACGACCUUAUUCAAGAAAGUUUUUUAGAUACCUACAAUAAUUUAACAUUAAAAACUGUUAUGAUGUUGAAAUGGAUCAACAAUAAUUGCGUUGGAAAAGUAAAAUUUUUAAUGAAAUGUGAUGAUGAUACGUUUGUUCAUGUACCGAAUUUGAUUCAUUUUCUACUUGGUGGCACAGUCCCCGUGUAUAAUUAUACACUUCAGCGAUAUAAUCAAAAAACGAUACGCACACUAUCCGCCGCAAAUCGACUGCAUCAGUAUGAAAAUCUUCUGAUUGGCACUCGAUUUUGCAAGUCAAAGCCAAUCAGAGAUUUUCGAAGUAAAUGGUUCGCGCCACGAUACAUGUACGAUAAGACAAAUUAUCCAAACUAUUUAUCUGGUACUGCAUAUGUGUUCACAAUGGAUGCUAGUGAAAAAUUAUACAAUGCAUCGAUGGUAAUGCCAAUAUUACACUUAGAAGACGUUUAUUUGACAGGUAUUUGUGCUGAAAAUGCAACUAUCACACCGCAAGAUCACCCGCUAUUCAAUUACUUGCCUUAUAGUCAUUUAUGUGAAGUGCGAGGAAUGAUAACAGUACAUGAAAUCAAAUCAAUUGCAAUGCGAAAAGCCUAUAACUUUGUUAUGAAAUCGAAUGUUACCUGCUCAGGACCGGGAAGAAAAGCGACAGUUCGUCCAUUAAAAAAGACCUAUUGUUAAGUAUAAGUACUAAGACUUUUAUUUGUUUAUGUAUUUAAAUUAAAAAAAAAAAUGGUCUUAUAACAGUAGAAAAAUGCCAAAUUUCAGAGGAAACGAGACAAAACACUUUAAACCGUGCAUUCCAACUGACUGAUAUCAAAAGUAGCUAUUAAUUAUUAUUUUUCCUUAAUUUAAGUUAUUUGCCAAUUUGCCAGCUAUUAUUUUUUCUUCUUCUAUAUGAAAUCAAAUCCUCAUGGUAUACUGUUGGAUAUGCAGCAUUUUUAAGCUCUGUACGCCAAGUAUACAGAUUCUCCAUUGAUACAUAUAUUUGAUUUAUAUUUUAUUUAUAUUUACGUUGCACAUUUUCGAUAAAAUGAUGUUGUCUUCUUCAGAUUAUAUUUAAAUAGUAUAAAUAUGUUGUUACCAAAAAGUGGCAUUGACACAAUUUAAUAUGUGCCAAUACAAAUGUAAUAUGAUUGUUCAAUGUAGAAAAUCACAUUCAAUUUAAAUGGCGAAAAUGAUAGCGACGAAACGAUUAUAUCCAUGAUUACGUAAUAAACGUGCUGCUGUAUCUUCUAUCAAA